UAUGAAUACCAAAGCAGGCGAGGAAAGCAACCAGAGCUAGAGUGAGCGUACAGAAAUGGAUUCCUUCUCCCGAAGUUUCGUCGCUCUCUUCCUCGCGCUUUUCCUGCUUCCGAUCUCCUCCGUCCUCGCUUUGCUCCGCCCGCCGACCACUCUCCUCCCCUCCACCUCAGCCGAGAAGCUCAUCCGCGAUCUCAAUUUGUUCCCCAGCCUGCCGGUCAAUGUCGUUGACGAUGAUAGUGCAUCUCUCGCCGGUCCGGCGAUCGUGGAGAGGCCGCUUAGGUUUCCGAAUUUUGUUGAUCCGACGGCUGAGGAAUUAGGUCAUCAUGCUGGUUACUACAAAAUUCAACAUUCUCAUGGAGCUAGGUUGUUUUACUUUUUCUUUGAAUCCCGUUACAGCACCAGUGACCCUGUUGUCAUCUGGUUGACUGGUGGACCAGGCUGUAGCAGUGAGAUGGCUCUUUUCUAUGAAAAUGGACCUUUCACUAUUGCUGACAAUUUAUCUCUUGUGCGGAAUGAGUAUGGCUGGGACCAGGUGUCAAAUAUUUUGUUUGUUGACCAGCCUGUGGGAACUGGCUUUAGCUAUAGUUCUGAUCGCCGUGAUAUACGCCAUGAUGAAAAGGGUGUCAGUGAUGAUUUAUAUGAUUUCAUACAGGCUUUCUUCAAGGAGCAUCCUAAACUAGCUAAGAAUGAUUUUUACAUCACUGGAGAGUCUUAUGCUGGACACUAUAUUCCUGCUUUUGCUGCUCGUGUUCACCGGGGAAACAAAGAAAAUGAAGGAAUUCAUGUGAAUCUAAAGGGAUUUGCUAUUGGAAACGGGCUAACAGAUCCUGCCAUUCAAUAUGCUGCAUAUGCUGAUUACGCCCUUGACAUGGGAAUAAUUACAGAGGCUGAUCAUAAGCAUGUCAACAAAGCGCUUCCACUCUGUGAAACAGCUAUAAAACUUUGCGGCACUGACGGAACUCUCUCUUGCUUGGCGGCCUAUUUAGUUUGCGAAACAAUCUUCAAUUCUAUUAUUAGCCGCGCGGGUGGUAUUAAUUACUAUGAUAUUAGAAAGAAGUGCGUGGGCAGCCUCUGCUAUGACUUCUCAAACUUGGAUAAGUUCCUCAAUCAGAAGCAAGUCCGAGAUGCUCUCGGAGUAGGAGAUAUCGAGUUUGUAUCGUGCAGCACCACUGUUUACCAGGCAAUGCUCGUGGAUUGGAUGAGAAAUCUUGAAGUAGGAAUUCCGGCUCUUCUCGAGGAUGGAGUGAAACUUCUGGUUUACGCUGGAGAGUAUGAUCUGAUCUGCAAUUGGCUCGGUAAUUCAAGAUGGGUCGAUGCAAUGGAGUGGAAAGGCCAGAAAGAAUUCGUAUCAGCCUCCGAAGUCCCAUUCCAAGUAAAUGGCUCCGAAGCAGGAUUGCUGAAAUCCCAUGGCCCUCUCAGUUUCUUGAAGGUGCACGAUGCCGGGCACAUGGUCCCGAUGGACCAGCCAAAAGCUGCCUUAGAGAUGCUGAAGAGAUGGAUGAAGGGCUCCCUUGCGGAAUCCGUUGUCGAGCCUGAGGUUCUCGUCUCUUCCAUGUGAUUCGACUUCUCAUCCUCGCCAGGUAAGUAAUGGUUGAUGAAUGAUGCAAAACAGGUGGUGUAAAAAUUUGCUAAAUGCUCGGUUGGAGUUCGGAGGUCUUUGCAAUUUGGGGAUUUUUGCAUGACCAUACUUUACUUUUAUUACCUAGUUUCGUUGCCGUCGUUUAAUUUUGCCUCCUUUUUCUUAUAGAGGGUAGGCAUUCUAUCGAAUUCGAGCCCGUAACUAAAGAAAGUAAAAUGAGAAAUUUUUAUUUCUUUCGUCCGAGAUAA